AUGUCAUCUCCACAGCUCGCUCCAGAACGCUCCAUCUUUGGCGUCGAUCCGCUGGAUGAUUUUGUCACCAUUGUCGGAGAUUGGAUCUAUACAAAAGGAAGAGGCAGAUCGAAUCUCGAGAUCGAGGCCAAGAUCGGUCAGAUUAUAUCGCAGGAGACCGGCGAGAGGAUCCACCUGCCGGUGCGCAACGAGACGAUUGUGGAUCUGAGCCACACCAGGUUCGAGAGUCAAAUGAGUGCUUCGCAACAUGCGCACUACAAUCGGAUCUUGAACUCACUCGCCUUGAGGUCGAGCGAGGGUUCGUACACGGGAGCCAAGAUCAGCUAUCAUCGACGCAAGGAGAUCGACUACUUCCAUCCUGCGCCCAAAGGCAAAGUGCGCGUCACAAGAGACGCCGAGACGCUCGCUAUUAAACCGGACGGCAUCAUACAGAAACAAAGGAUAGCGGAUCUAGAUAUCUACUGUCCAUAUCGUCUCUUUGACUACCGAAUUAGCAUCAAUGUCGAGUUGCCAGCACCAGAGCCUACCUCCGACCACGUAUCUAUUCGUGAAAAAAACCGUCUCUCGUACGCACACCAGAACUUCAUCGUCGAUCUCACCCAGGUCACCCUCCCCGAAAAACCGUCCGACCACAUCAACGAACUCGAAAUCGAAAUUCGCGACGUUGAUCAACUCAUGCAGGCCGCUGCUCAAGCAAAGUCCAUCCCCACCAACACCUCCGCACCAUCCAGUCAGGACUGGUCAUCUUUCGACGAUCAGGUCCUCAUCUUUCUCAACAACAUUCGCUUGCUCAUCAGGAAUGCGCCUGCCGACGAACGGCGCUAG